AUGGCAGGGAAAGAAGAUUGGAAGUCACUGUCCUGGGAAGAGCAGACCAUGGGGCCUCCAGGUCUUUUACUCACUGGGGGUGUCGGAGGAUGCUGGUACCCUUACUGCUGUAUCCAGGACUGGCUGGCACGAGGAAUGGCUGCGGCGAAGGCCAAGGGCAUUUGCAAUGGCCGGGAAAGAGCCCCUCACAAGCCUUCUGCAGUGAUCAGAAGCCUUUGGAGCAGCUAUGGCCCCAAGUCCUGUUGCCAGCAGCCGCAUGCCCCUGGGAAAGCAGAUGGCACGUUCUCUGGUCUAAGGGAGUUCCAGGGCACCUCUUCUGCAGCAGCUCCCUGCAACUUGAAGAUGGAACUUUCCUGCUGUGACACGGGACUGCUGUGCUUUGCAGAGGUCACAGCCAAGGCACCACUCCCUGGGACUGUCACCAUGAGGACCCCCACUAAGGCGUCUGGGUCCCCACAGAUCAACAGUGCCCAACCAGCUCUUCUGGGGUGGCUUUCCUGUCUCCCCACUCUCCCCAAAAGCUCCUUGGGCCCUCUACCUGGAGCUCCCUGCACCUCCAGCUUUCCUGAGUCCAUGUAUGUUCCAGAGAUGCUCUGUCCCCUCACUCAGUGUCCUCCAGGGACCAUCCCAGCAAGAGAACCUGAUAAUGCCAUGACCUCUGCCAUCUGUUGUUUCCUGGGAACGGAAGCUCAGGCACCUCUGACUCUGGGAUUCCAUGUCCACAUGGCUUCUGGAGUAGCUCUUUGUCUGUUGAUUGAUUUUGGUGAUGGUUCUGGAGUUGAAAUGAGUCUCCACAACAUGUCUGCAGCAACAGAGGUGACUGCCUACCACCAGUACAGAAAAGAAGGAGUCUAUAUGCUCAGGGCUAUUAUUUAUGAAUUUCAUGGAACUAAAGUGGAGCUUGGACCUUAUUAUGUGGAAACUGACUGUGAGGCUGUGUCUGUGUUCAUGAAUUCCAGCAGUGUCCAUGAGGAUGAAGUCCUUGUCUUUGAUGGCUCCCACCCGAAGCAGAAAAGCACUGUUGUGAUACACCGCUUCUCAUCUACCUCUUCAUAUAAUGUGUCCUUUGUUUCUCAAACCCCAGUGGGUGACAGUCAGGCUUGGACCAGCAUGACUGUUUGGUACAAGAUGCAACCUGUCUCUGUCUACACAAAUGGAACAGUGUUUGCUGCAGAUUCAGACAUCACCUUCGUGGCUGUUACCAAGGAAACCAUACCCCUAGAGUUUGCAUGGUAUUUUGGAGAUGACCCACCAGUGAGGACAACUUCAAGAAGCAUUAGGAGAAGGCUCCACGUUCCCCAGUGGUACCAUGUGAUGGUCAAGGCCUCCAGCAGAAUCAGCAGUGUGGUUUCCCAGCCCCACCUCAUCAGGGUGCAGAAGAGAAUUGUAGUCAACCGGCUCACAUCCACCACCUCAGCCUUAGUAAACACCAGCGUGGCCUUUGAGUGCAGAAUCAACUUUGGCACGGAUGUUGCCUUCCUGUGGAAUUUUGGGGAUGGCACUGUCAGCACUGGGAGUGGCUCCAACAGCCAUGUCUACAGCAGGGAGGGAGAAUUUACAGUGGAGGUCCUUGUCUUCAACAAUGUCAGCUCUGCCACCUUAAGAAAGCAGCUUUUCAUUGUGCAUGAGCCCUGCCAGCCACCCCCAGUGAAGAACAUGGGACCUGGGCGGGUCCAGGUAUGGAGGUCUCAGCCCCUGAGACUGGGAGUCAUGUUUGAAGCUGCUGUCCUCUGUGACAUUUCCCAAGGUCUUUCUUACACCUGGAGCUUUGUGGACUCUGAUGGGUCCCCCGUGCCCCUCCCUGCUGCUGUCAACGUCCACAGACAAACCAUUGUGCUCCCGAGCUACACGCUGGCAUGCGGGAACUACACUGCCAUUGCUAGGGUUCAGAUCCAGGGCAGCUUGGUGCACAGCAACUACUGCGUGGGCGUGGAGGUGCAAGGCAGGGCACCCAUCAGCAUGAUCUCAGAGGGCACACACCUCUUCAUCCCCAGGGCUGCCUCAGCCCCCAUCAUUCUCCGAGGGUCCCAGUCCUAUGACCCUGACUACCCAGGGGCUACUCUCAGGUAUCACUGGACAUGCACUGCUGCUGGCUCACCUGGGCGGCCCUGUUUUGACAACUCCAUGCCACACCAACUGGACACUGGGGCUCCCACAAUUUCCUUCACAACAAAAUGGCUUAGCAAAUGCUGUGACCAAUUUCUCGUGACUCUGAUGGUCUCUAAUGGUGGCAGGAAUUCUUCUAAGGCCCAGGUGUUCCUUUCCAUCAGCCCUGCUUUGACCUUCAGAUUUGUCCACAUCUCCUGGGUCAACUUUAAAGACGUUUUUGUCAAUUGGAAUGAAGAACUGUCUCUCCAAGCUGUGUGUGAAGACUGUGGAGAAAUACAGAAUCUCUCUUAUUCCUGGGAUCUUUUCUUAGUCAAUGCAACGGAAAAGAACAGGAUCAGAGAGUCCACAGUGGGUGGCCACCAGAUUCCUGCAGCUGGUGACACCACAGCCAUGGAGGAUCCUUCUGAAGAUGGGCCACUGGGCCCAGAGCUGGGGUUCUUUGUUGAGGGGGCCCCAACUGUGAGCCCCUCUGAGAGAAACUGGCCUCCACCCAGCUCCUCACCUGCCCUCAAUGAUUUCGAAGCCUUUUACAGUGAUAUCCAAGAAGCAAUGCCGUCUAGAGGAAGACAGCGAGGGAACAACACGGGCUUCCCAGGGUCAGGACUGAGCAUGAGCGCUGAGGAGGAAAGCCCUGGUGAGGGGGACAACCUGGUGGGCCCCUUCCUCCUCGCUGGCAGAGCUCAGCCUGCCCUCAUGAUUGACUGGCCCAAGGCCCUGAUCAGCAGAGCUGCUUUCCAAGGUUACACCUCAUCAGGUAUCAAGGAACCAGUUGUGACAAUAAAACCAUACUCACUGAGCAGUGGAGAGACAUAUGUCCUACAAGCAUCUGUGGCUUCAAAGCACCACUUACUAGGCAAAGCUCAGCUGUACUUGACAGUCAACCCAACUCCACAGGACAUGGCCUGUCAUGUACAGCCUCACCAUGGUCUGGAGGCCCACACCAUCUUCAGUGUGUUCUGCAUGUCAGGAAAACUGGACUUCCAUUAUGAAUUUAGUUACCAGAUAGGAAACACCUCCAAACACACCCUGUACCAUGGGAGAGAUACCCAGUAUUAUUUUGCACUGCCAGCUGGUGAGCCCUCAGACAAUUACAAAGUCUUGGUUUCUACUGAGAUCACAGACAGCAAAGGCUCAAAGGCACAGGCGUGCACUGUGGCGGUGACCGUGCUGCCCCGUUUCCAUGGGAAAGACUGCCUCGGCGAGGACCUAUAUAAUUCCAGUCUGAAAAACUUGUCCACCCUCCAGCUGAUGGGAAGUUAUCUGGAAAUGAAGAACUAUGUCACCAUGAUCACUGGGAUCCUGAGUCGUUUGGCUAAGGAGAACAGAAAUGCAUCGUGUGGACAAUGGUCACAGAUACAGGAUGCAUUGAUUUCUUCUGUAUGUAAAUUACCUAUUGCAGAUCAGGAAGAAAUAAUUCAUUCUGUUCUUAUGUUGAGAAAUCUUAUAAGCUUCUCUAAUAAGUUAAGCUUUCUGAGUGCAGUGCACAUUCUAAAGUACAUGAGUUCACUCCUUGCUCAAGGACAACUCUUGGGGAGGUUUGUGGUUGAUAGACGACUUGGGCUAGAACUUCUCCUUCUCAUCUCUGGAGUCUGGGAAACCUCUGCACAAGAAAAAUCUAGGAAUGAGAACUAUCUACAAAAAGAAGGAAUGAAGAUUAUCUCAGAGGUUUUACUGGGCUGUCUCUCCUUGAGCCAUGAGCAUCAGCUCAUCAUGAAUGCUGGGCAGAUGGAGUUCCAGAUCCUUCAUCAUCACAAUCUUCAGAGCUCCAUCCAGAACCUGGGCUCUGUCCAGGUGCACUUACCUGGUGACCUGGCAGGGCAAAGUCCUGCUCAAGAGGGAAUGCAGAACCUUUGCUACAUAAGCCAGCUCAUGCUCUUCAAGAAGAAUCCUUAUCCAGAGGCAGGAGCACCUGGGAAGGUUGGCGAUGUUGUGGGGCUCACCCUGUACAGCUGCUCCAGCAGGAGACCCAUCCACAGAAGACAACUGGAGACACCCGUGACUGUGGAGUUUGGGGAGGAAGACAGUCCAGAUAAUAAGAGAAAUAAAACAAAGUUUACAUUGCUUCGGGAAAAGGUGAAUUUCCAUCAGUUCAUUGGGCUCUCCCAAAACCCCCAGGAGUCUCUACAGAUACAAAUCAAGUUUUCUAAGCCCAUCACCAGAGCGUUUCCCGUCAUGCUGCUAGUAAGAUUCGCCAAGAAACCUACUCCCUCUGAUUUUCUUGUGAAACAAAUCUACUCCUGGGAUGAGCAAAUUGUUCAAAUUUACAUACCUGCUGUUCCACAGAAAGGUGCCAACGUGGGAUAUUUAUCCUUAUUAGAUGCUGACUAUGAUAGAAGACCUCCAAACAAAUACUUUGCUAAGGCAGUGAACUAUACAGUACAUUUCCAGUGGAUUCAAUGCCUGUUUUGGGAUAAGAGAGGAUGGAAAUCUGAAAGUUUCUCUCCACAACCAGGAACUUCUCCAGAAAAAGUUAACUGCAGCUAUGACCGCCUCGCAGUAUUCUCUGUCCUGAGAAGAAAGCUGAAGGCUGGAUUUGAAGUGAGCGACAUAUCCAACUUACAGCAUCACCCACAAAACCUACUUCCCAGCAUUUUUACUGUGGGUUUUAUGAUUCUUUAUGGAUUUUUGGUUACUAAAAGCAGACGUGUAGAUCAUCAUGAAAAAAAGAAAAUGGGUUACAUUUUUCUGCAAGAAGAUACCUCACCUGACCACAAGCUGUACGCUGUUGUCAUUGACACUGGCUUCCGGGCACCAGCUCAGUUUACCUCAAAGGUUUUCAUUGUUUUAUGUGGUGAAAAUGGACUUUCAGAAACCAAAGAGCUCUGCAGUUCUGAGAAGCCCCUGUUUGAAAGGAAUUCCAGACACACCUUUAUCCUGAGCGCUCCUAAGCAGUUGGGCCCACUCCGGAAGAUCCGCCUCUGGCAUGACAGCCAUGGGUCUUCCCCAAGCUGGUUCAUUAGCCACGUGAUGGUGAAGGAGCUGUACUCAGGACAGAGCUGGUUCUUCCCUGCCCAGUGCUGGUUGGCUGCGGACCGAUGGGAUGGCCGUGUGGAGAGAGAGCUUGUCCACCUGCGUCAUGGGUUGGGUUUCCGGAAGCUUUUCUAUUCCAAGUUCACAGAGUACCUGGAGGAUUUCCAUAUCUGGCUCUCAGUGUACAGUCGGCCCUCCUCCAGUGGAUACCUACACACACAGCGGCUCACCGUGUCCUUCUGCCUCCUAUAUGUCUAUGCAUUCCUUGCAGCCCUGGUCACUGCAGGAGAACACAAGCAGCUCCCUCUGGAUGUCGGCCUCACAGACAUCACUCUCGGAUCCUUCCAGCUGGGUCUCCUGUGCACCCUCCUGCCCUCCCUGGGGUCUCAGCUCUUGGCACUGCUCUUCAGGCUCAGCAAGGAAGCAAUGGGGUGUCCUGGAGAUGAGGCAUGCCAACCAAAGAGAGGAACAGAAGCAGAGGUCCCUCCAGAUUCUACUUCCUGUGGAGGUAUACCAGAUGCCCAGGAGCCAUAUAAGCAUUCCAUAUCAGCCAUGCCCUCUGGGAGUGACGGGACUGGAAGACAGACAGAUGGCAGUGUCACAGCCUGCACAUCCGUGGACUUGGAGGCCUGCCGGGCUGACCACCAGGAGACUUUGCGAAGCGAAAAGAACCACCACUGCCCUCCUAGUUUACAAGGUGACAUUGCCAUGAGGCCUUCAACUGAUGGGGUGAGGCCCAUCUACACUCAGAGGGCCAUCUGCUUUACUCAGUCUACCAAUGCAAAUGCUAAUAUCAUCUGGAAACUCCUCAUAGACACACCCACAGUAAUGUUUAGCCCAAUGUCUGAACACCCUCAGCCCAGUCAAGCUCCAAAAGGUGGUUUUGAAGGGCUUGUGUCUCAGUGGUCAAGAGCUGGUCUGCCUUGGUCAAGUUCUGCAGCAUGGGCCAUUUGUGGAUCAGCUUCCCUAGUCUGUGGACUGGGAACAGGACUCAUAGGCUAUAGGUUUGUCGCGGCCCAGUGUGUGAAGUGGCUGCAGCUGUUGUCCCUCUCCGUGGUCUGCUGCGUGUUUGUCACCCAGCCACUCAUGAUAUGCAUCAUGGCAUUGGACUUUGCUUGGAAAAAAAAAGACGACAACCAAUUUUUUGCUGAGUCUCUAUGUGAAGCAACCAGGAAUCUGGACUCAGAAUUGGAAGAACAUUCCAGAGCCCAUGUUCCCCUUUCUCACAGCUGCUGCAUUUCUGACUGUGCAGGGGAAGUUGAAAAGGUCUUGGCUGCCCGACAACGCGAGCGCCACCUGCGCUGGGCACGUCCACCGUCCAUGGCUCAGCUCAGGGUCAUCAGGGAGAAGAUGAGGAAAAAGAGUCGCACACAGGCAGCCCUGAGAGACAUCUCCACGUGCAUCCUCAUGCUGCUUCUGCUUUUGUUUAUCAUUUAUGGGAAAUUCUCCCCAGAUGAAUACUCUCUCAAUCAAGCUAUCCGGAAGGAAUUUACAAGAAAUGCCAGACACUCCCUGGGGGGCCUGAGAAGCACCCAUGACUGGUGGGACUGGAGUCUGAGCACGCUCCUGGAUGGGCUGCACCUGGGAGGCCCCUCUGCUGCUGGUGCUCAGGUGGCUCAGCCUGGAGCCCUUGGUGGAAAAUGCUACCUAAUAGGCACAACGAUAAUUAAGCAGCAGAAAGUUUCUCCUUGCAGAGUGUGCAAGCCUGCGAGGCCAUUCUCAGCACUCAUCGAAGACUCUCUUCCUACGUGCAACCCUGCAAUUGGAGGAUUUGAGAACAAAAAUGUGACCCUGGGUGGUGCCAGGGACUGGGGAUUAAGGAAAGAGGACUGCGUGCUCAGCCUGGGCAGAACAAGGCCUGAAGCCCAGGCGGCCCUGACUGCCCUCAGGGCCAGCAGAUGGAUUGAUCGCAGCACCAGGGCCGUGUCUGUGCAUUUCACCCUCUACAACCCUCCAACCAGACUCUUAACAAGCGUGACCCUGACUGUGGAGGUCCUCCCCACCGGGGAUCUUGUCCCCUCAUCUCUGGUCGAGUCCUUCCGCAUCUUCCAUAGUGACUCUGCCCUGCGGUAUUCCCUUGUGCUCCCUGAGCUGGUCUUCCUGGUACUCAAUCUGAUUCACCUCUGCUCUCAGCUCUGCAGAAUGGUUGAGCAGGGUGUCCUCCACUAUUGGCAAAAACCAAGGAGCUGGCUUGAGCUCUCUGUGGUUGGAGUGACCCUCACCUACUACACAGCCUCCAGUCACCUCACCACUCUUGCUGGGGAUGUCAUUGACCAGUUCCACAAAGGAUUUUUUCAGGUGUCUAUGGAUCUCAGUGUGAUGGCAUUGUGGAAUCAGUGGACACGAUGGCUCCAGGGGAUCCUCUUAUUCCUCUGGAUGUUGAAAGGCAUUUACCUUCUUGGCUUCCUAAACACCAUGAUGUCCCGCUCUUCCACGAUGCGCUCCUCUCUCUCCAGAGUCUUUGCGCCAGUGCUGGUGGGGGCCUUGCUGAUGACUGCCCACUCCCAUCUGCGCCGGUUUCUACUCUUCACUUGGACACUGUCAUCUGUCACCUUCACAGAUGCCUUUCCCAGGCUGCUGUUUCAUUUUCCAGGAAGAAACCAAAAAGAUUCAUUCCACAGCCUUUCUGAGUCUGACCAGCGAGAUACAACUCGUUACUGUGGGGGCCUCUUUCUGCUGAUGGCCGUGAUAUGUUUUGGAAUGUUGAGAGCUUCCCUGGUGACUUUUUUCCGAAAAAGAAAAUCUUCUCACAGUAAAUCCCUUGUGAGACUUAAAGAUAUCACUACUCACACAUGGGCCAAGGCCCUCACCUUUCUGGGUCUGGAAAUGCCAAAGCCGGAAGAAGCUCAAGUGGUUGCAGAUCACAAUUAUUACCUGGAUGAAUUUGAAAGUCUGUUAGAUGAACUUCUGAUGAAGAUUGAUGGGUUGUCUGAAAGCCUAGAACUCCCUCUUCCAGAAAAACAAUCCAGGAGUACAGUGGAGGCAAGAGCAGAAGAGAGUUCUUUAGUGGGCAUUUUAGGUUACCAAGUCACAGAGGGGCUGGAGAUCCAACAAUCAACAACAUUGACUUGAAAGUGAACGGUGUCCAUCAAAAAGGCAUAACAUUCUUGGAAGAUGGAAAACAGGAAUCUCAGAAUGGUGGGCAAAAUCUGGGCUCACUUAGAUGGAGAGUAUGAUGCAUUUCUUUGGGUGAAACUUGGGCCAAUUGUGAUGCAAUCAUGAAGUUAAAAUGAGGAAUUACCUAGGAAGAAUGCACGCCAUCAUCCCCAAGCUUUUCUCAGAAUGUUAAGGACACUGUGCUCCUGGCUGUGACUAACGUGAUCAUUCAAACCUGACCUCCCUCCUGGUUCUGCUCCUGCAUCUGAGUUAUGAGUCAUCAACCUUCUCUCCACCGCUGGGUCUCCCACAGAGCCCAGCUCUCAGUAAAUGGUUAGCAAAUUGUCAUUGAGCAAAAAGAAGCAAUGGCCAAUGUGUAUGAACAGAAAAGAAGGCAAAUAGUAAACCAAAUAGGGCAACAGAUUAAUGGGUAACUUUGGAUAAGAUGAUCUGUGAGUGUUUUUGAGUUAUUCUUGUAACAUUUUCUGUAAGUUUGCAAUUAUUUCCAAAUG